GAAUUGGUCUUGCAUUUUCCAGAGUCCCAAAAAGGUGGGGAUGCUGUGGCGAGAGGCUGGACUCAGCUGGAAGGAAUUUCUACCUGAAGGCCAGGAUGUCAGUGCAUUCGUCACUGAACAGAAGGUGGAGUAUACCUUGGGCGAGGAGUCAGAAGCCCCGGGCCAAAGGAUGCUCUCCUCCGAGGAGCUGAGCAGGCAGCUGGAGAAGCUGCUGAAGGAGGGCAGCAGUAACCAGCGGGUGUUUGACUGGAUAGAGGCCAACCUGAGUGAGCAGCAGGUAGCAUCCAACACACUAGUUCGAGCCCUCAUGACAACUGUCUGCUAUUCUGCAAUUGUCUUUGAGACGCCCCUCCGAGUGGAUGUCACGGUGCUGAAAGCGCGAGCGAAACUGCUACAGAAAUACCUGUGUGAUGAGCGGAAGGAGCUGCAGGCGCUCUACGCCCUCCAGGCCCUUGUAGUGACCUUAGAACAGCCCGCCAAUCUGCUUCGGAUGUUCUUUGACACGCUGUAUGACGAGGAUGUGGUGAAAGAGGAUGCCUUCUACAGCUGGGAGAGUAGCAAGGACCCUGCUGAGCAACAGGGCAAGGGCGUGGCCCUUAAAUCUGUCACAGCCUUCUUCAAGUGGCUUCGUGAGGCGGAGGAGGAGGAGUCUGACCACAACUGAGGGCGGGUGGGGCCGGGGACUUGGAGCCCCAUGGACACUCAGAUGGCCCGGCCAGCCGCCCGGACUGCAGGGGGGGGCGGCGGCAGCGGCGGCGGCAAUGGGUGCCUGUAGUGCGAUGUGUCUGAGCUAAUAAAAUGGCUGAAGAGGCAGGAUGGCGUGGGGCUGCCUGGGGCCCCCCCUCCAGGAUGCUGCCAGGUGUCCCUCUCCUCCCCCCUGGGGCACAGAGAUAUAUUAUAUAUAAAGUCUUGAAAUUUGGUGUGUCUUGGUGGGGGGGCACCACCGCCUGCCCCUGGGGUCCUUUUUUAUUUUCUGAAAAUCACUCAUGGGACUGCCGUCCUCGCUGCUGGGGGCAUAUGCCCCAGCCCCUGCACCACCCCUGCUGCUGCCUGGGCAGGGGGAAGGGGGGGGCACGGUGCCUGUAAUUAUUAAACAUGAAUUCAAUUAAG